AUGGUGAAAAUCCUGGUGACAUCGGUGGCCCUGCUCGCCACCCUCCUCGGCGUCCAGUGCGCCCUCGAGGACAUCAAGCGAGACGAGUCGGUGCUCGUGCUGACGAAGGACAACUUCGAGGAGGCCACCGCCGGCACCACCAUCCUCGUGGAAUUCUACGCUCCCUGGUGCGGCCACUGCAAGGCGCUCGCCCCCGAGUUCGCCAAGGCGGCCACGAAGCUCGCCGAGGAGGGCUCCACGUUGCUGCUCGGCAAGGUGGACGCCACCGAGGAGACUGAUCUCGCCGAGAAGUUUGAAAUCCGCGGCUACCCCACUCUGAAGUUCUGGAACAAUGGGAAGGUGAUGGAGUACGGCGGCGGCCGCACCGCCGACGAGAUCGUCAACUGGAUGAAGAAGAAGACCGGCCCGCCGGCCGAAGAGCUUACCACCGCUGAGGCGGCCACUGCAUUCCGUGAUGAUGAGAAGAAGAAGGUGGUCGUCGUGGGCUACUUCGCCUCGAAGGACGACGCCAACGCCAAGGUCUUCCUCGAGGUGGCCGCCAACAAUGACGAGACUCCGUUCGCCGUCGUCUACGACUCGGCCGUCGCCGCCGCCCUCGAGAUCACCGAGCACGGCGUUACCCUCUUCAAGGCCUUUGACGAGAAGCGCGUCACCCUCGCCGAGGAGCUGACCGCCGAGAACCUGAAGAAGUUUGUCACCUCCAACAGUCUUCCACUGGUCGUCGAGUUCAGCCACGAGACUGCCCAAAAGAUUUUCGGCGGCGAGAUCAAGACGCACAACCUGCUGUUCAUCAGCUACAAGAGCGACGAGUACAAGAACAAUGUCGAGUCCUACCGAACGGUGUCCAAGGACUUCAAGGGCAAGGUGCUCUUUGUGACCAUCAACACCGACGAUGACGACCACGAGAAGAUCAUGGAGUUCUUCGGCCUGAAGAAGGAGGAGGUGCCGGCGAUGCGACUCAUCCGCCUGGAGGAGGAGAUGACCAAGUACAAACCGGAGAAGACCGACUUUUCCGAAGAAACCGUUCGCGCCUUUGUCUCCGGUGUUCUUGAUGGCAAAAUUAAGCAACAUCUGCUCUCGCAGGUCCUCCCCGAGGACUGGGACAAGAACCCCGUGAAGGUGCUGGUGAGCACCAACUUUGACGAAGUUGCCUUUGAUAAGAGCAAGGAUGUUCUGGUUGAGUUCUACGCUCCCUGGUGCGGCCACUGCAAGCAGUUGGCGCCAAUUUACGAUCAGCUGGGCGAAAAGUUCGCCUCCAACGAAAAUGUGCUCGUUGCCAAGAUUGACUCCACCGCCAACGAACUGGAGCACACCAAGAUUAACUCGUUCCCCACCAUCAAGCUCUACAAGCGCGAGACUAAUGAGGUAAUUGAAUACAACGGCGAGCGAACCCUGGAAGGCCUGACCAAGUUCCUCGAAACCGGCGGAGACUACGGCCGCGCCGCCCCCGAAGAGAUUGUCGAGUAUAACGGCGCGCGAACCUUAGAGGGUUUGAGCGAAUUUCUUGAAAGCGGUGGUUUGAGUGGUGCUAGUCCCAAGGUUCAGGAGACCGAAGAGGAGGACGAGUCGGAGAAGGAACACCAGAAGGACGAACUCUAA